AUGGGUUCUAUUUUUAAAACCAACUGCGUUUUGACUUUGUUUCAGUCUAACAGCUGUUAGAUAGUGUAUACUCACAUUAUACAACCGUGUGAUCACCAUAGCUGUUGGAUAUGACUUUGCAACUAGUACCGACGGUUGGAGGCAUGUACGCGUUGUUGCCAGGACUACACGCGGAUCAGGAUGUCCAGAUUGCCGUCGUGCAAACGGUUUCACUAGCCGAGUCAUGUGUCUCGAAAUACAAGAGCAUCAUGAUCAGCGAGGGAGGCAGGAUCAUCACUGAGAAGGACCUGCUUGUGGCCUCCUCGUGCCCAAGUGACGUCAGAGUACAGAAACUGAUGACGUCAAUAAAGAAUGCGACCUCUUCUAUUGUGUCGAUAAGAGACGAUGUUAUCCGAAUACAGUCCUCUGUGCACGACAAUUAUGAAAUGUGCAGAGAGCGAACCCAAAGCCACAAAUGUACCAUUGACGGGGAUACUGUGAAGAUGGAGACGCUCGCAACACAAAUAUCAGAUACGGAUAGUCAGAUAUCGUCAUGCCAGUCUGACAGUGUAACGUUUGAUACUGACGCCGGAAAGCUGGAUGCGAGAGCGGGAGAUAUUGAAAGUGCAGCGAGGAAAAAAAAUGACGCAGGCAUCUUGGGAGCCGUGUUGGGCGGCGUCGGCAUCCUCCUAGCGCCAUUCACUGCCGGUAUUAGCUUGACGUUGACCACGGCGGGGGUGGCGACGGCGGCUGUAAACCUGAACGAUGCCGAAAGUUGUAGGAGCACCGCCAGGGAUCUUCGUUCGAAGGCACAGCAACAUCGGAGCGAUGCUGAAAAUCUGCGUUCCAGGAAAGCUGGCCUUGAGACUGAGAAAUCAGAAGCCGAACUGGAGAUAACUGUUAUCAAGUCGAAAAUUGACCAACUUGAGAGAGCCUCGACCUCUCUCCAUAAUAUGACGUCGGAGCUGUCAACGUUCGUACUGGCCAUCGACAACACGCUCAAUGUAUUUCAGAACAUGGAGACGUGUUUCAAAGAGACGCUGCUACAGACGGAGUCGUUCACCAUCAUCCAGAACGCGUUCGCUAGGCAGCCGGAGAAGGCGGCAGGGACGGCCAACAAGUACCUGGCCGAUCUCAAGGCUAGAUGGGAGGCGCUUGAAGGGCUGCUGUUGCAGAGCGGUGCUAGCCGACCCCGGGCUGUCCAUCAGUGACUCUUACAUAGUGCUUAUACACGACACCACGCGCUAUAUACUGUGUUCAAAACACACACACACACAGCUAGUGGUGUGUAUUGUUCAGACAUGAAAUUGUUGAGUAUGGUCUCAGCUAUAACUCUUAACCUUAAUUAGCGUUUGAAAUUAUUUAUUAUGCUAUGAUAUGUUCUAUGUUAGUAGACAAAAAUACCACGGAGUUCAAAAUGUAAUUUUAAUACGCUUGAAGGUAAAAAAUACGAUAUUUAUGAAUUAAAAAUACCCUAAGUUAGAAACAAAUGUCAAUCGCUUUUGAAGUACAUGAUAUUAUUUCGUUAUAGUUGGCUUCUCUGAAAUCUCAAACUUAUCCAUGCACAAUAGGCUAUAUCGUCAACUAUAUAUCUUGUGGAGGAAAAUUGUCUAGCCUCCAAGCUUUGUAUAAGGAAACUCAACGAGUAAUGAGGCAUCACAAUGGGCAUCGCAUAUGGAGUUCGGGUAACAGUUCGUACUCUUGCAAAGAAAUUCGUCCGUUCGAUGUAUUCAGAUCUGUGUUUGCAUUGUAUAUAUUUAAUAUUCUUUAUUUACCCUGAUCGAAGUACAUGUAUUCAACUCUCAAUACUUUCAAUGAUAAUUUAUGAUAUGAUCAUGUCUCAUCUUAGUUUAUGUCUCAUUUAAUACUAAACAACAUUAUGUGUUAGUAAAACAAACAGUCUCUGCAUUUAUGUUCUGCUUUCUAAUUUUUAUUGCAACGAUAUCAUUUCCCCCGAAAAUAUUGCCCGACAUACAUGAGCAGCCAAACAUAAGAUGGCACUCGACAAGUCUGGCUAACGCACAUACCAUUUUUACUUAUGGUUGUGAAAUCUGGGGAUAUGGAGAUACUGACAUUUAAGUACGAGUGCAAUAAUCAUUUAAUAAAUAUAACUUCCGUCUGAUAAAUCAACUCCGUUACAUACUAUUUGAUGACCUUCACGUGUUUUCCUUGUGUUUUUACAAGUAUAGAGUUAUUUCAUAUUCAAAAGGAUAUUAACGUAAUGUUUUUCAUCAAAAAUGAAUAAAAUACAAAAUAAAACAAGACUAGCCAAUCGGAUUGCUUUUUUCUGCCAUUUGAAAUAGGCAAAGCUUUCUUAGCAGUAACUGGCUAGUCACAAUACAUCCAUAUUACAUUACCAUCACACAAAAUAUUUAAUAUGUUCAUAAGGCAAAAUCAUGAAAGGCAAGUCGAUGCCACAAGUUACCGAUUAACGAAAAAAAUUGUCAAGUUUGUAGGUAAUGAAUUUCAAUUUCAACUCGUCUGUCCCACAUUUCAUAAUGAAGAAAAAAUAACCAACUAUUUGAAAAAACGACUAAUCAGAAUUAAACUUAAUGAACAAAAUAAGUAAUCACUAAAAAACUAGGAAAAUUUUGUAAUGUGAAAAUGAAGCGUUUUGCUGUAUGUUCUAUUUGUGUUUUUUUUUAAACUAAUCAUUUCAAAAUUACAUUGAAUCAAAAUAUUUAUCAUUUUUUAAUAAAUACAAUAUUGACAUUCUUUUCUACAGUAUUUUAUGUUUUGAUUGUUUACAAUAAGGCUAAAUAUAUUUCGAAUGUAUUUUGUUCAAAUAAAUAGACCGCUACUUAUUUAAAGAAUGUUCCCUUAUUUAUAAUCAUAUUGUCUUUCAAAUCUUUAAACUUCUUGUAACAUACGUUUACAUCAUGUCAUGUUUGUGAACAGUAAUCACUAUAAUUCAUUGCAAUGGUUUUGUUGCUAGUUCGUAUUGUGCAAAUAAUCGUAUUAUUAUGUACAUUUUUUAAGCUAAUAAACUAGUUUUGGUUGAGCUCAUAAACUAGUUU